CUAUCGGAGCGAUCGAAUCAAUCAGAGGCGACGAGCACUCACUCCACCAUGGCGGCCCGAGGAAGCUCCAAGCAACGCUCCAGCUUCACCUUCGCCGUCUGAGUGCUUGCUGGAUUACUUUUUGGGGUUGCUUUUUUUGGGGGGGGGGGAAGGUCUCCGUGGGAACGCGCGGUUUGGACCGAGCGGGUGCUUCGCUGUGCUCCGUCCGACAUGAGUGAGAGAAGGCGUUCGGCCGCCGCUCUGAGCUCGCGAGCCCACGCGUUCUCCGUGGAAGCCCUGAUCGGCUCUAGCAAGAAGCGAAAGCUCCGAGCGGCUGCAGCCGCUGCCGCCGCCGCCGCCGCAGCUGCAGCGGCCGCCGCCUCCGGCGUCGCCUGGGACCACCACAAGGACGACGACGACCUUCAUUUGGACGACCCGGCACACUGUCUCGACGUAGACCCUGACUCGGAGGCGAGUCCCGGCUCGGACGGCUCCGACCUGGUCGACGGGACAUCGUGCCCUUUCGGCGAGCUGACCGCGGCGGGAGGCGGGGGCGGCCCGCGCGAGGCCUCCCCGCAGCCGCCGCCGCUGCCGACCUCAGGCUCAGCAGUCGCCUGCGCGUCCAUGGACGAUAUCCACGUGGAGCUGCAGUGCGCCGACCUGUGGAAGAGAUUCCACGACAUCGGAACCGAGAUGAUCAUCACCAAGGCUGGCAGGAGGAUGUUUCCUGCCAUGCGAGUCAAGAUCGCCGGCCUGGAUCCCCAGCAGCAGUACUACAUCGCCAUGGACAUCGUGCCCGUGGACAACAAGCGAUACCGGUACGUGUACCACAGCUCCAAGUGGAUGGUGGCGGGCAACGCCGACUCGCCGGUGCCGCCGCGGGUCUACAUCCACCCGGACUCGCUGGCGUCGGGCGACACCUGGAUGCGGCAGGUGGUCAGCUUCGACAAGCUCAAGCUGACCAACAACGAACUGGAUGACCAAGGACACAUCAUCCUUCACUCCAUGCACAAGUACCAGCCUCGCGUUCACGUCAUCCGCAAGGACUUCAGCGGCGAGCUGUCCCCCAACAAGGCGGUUCCGGCCGGCGAGGGCGUCAAGACCUUCAGCUUUCCCGAGACCGUCUUCACCACCGUCACCGCCUACCAGAACCAGCAGAUCACCAGACUGAAGAUCGACCGCAACCCCUUUGCCAAAGGUUUUCGAGACUCUGGCAGAAACAGGACGGGCCUGGAGGCCAUCAUGGAGACGUACGCUUUCUGGAGGCCGCCGGUGAGGACGCUCACCUUCGAGGACUUCACCAACAUGCAGAAGCAGCAAGGCGGCAGCACGGGCACGUCCCCGACCGCUUCCAGCACGGGCACGCCCUCCCCCUCCGGAGCCGCCCACCUCCUGUCCCCGUCCUGCUCGCCGCCCGCCUUCCACCUGGCGCCCAACACCUUCAACGUGGGCUGCCGGGAGAGCCAGCUGUGCAACCUGGGCUUGCCCGAGUACCCGCCGUGCGCCCGCAGCAACAUGGCGGCGCUGCAGGGCUAUGGCGGCCUGGCCGACGGCUCCUACGGACGCCUGCAGGCGGCGGGUGGGGGCACGGCGGCGGGCGUGGCCUCCGCCCAGCACGCCGACUCCUUCCUGCCGCAGAGGACUUCCUCUUUGAUCGGCAUGCAGGGAGGCGCUUCCGGGGCCGGCGGCGGCGGCGGCGGCAAAAUGGAUGCCUACGGCGGCCAGCUGGGCUCCUUCCCCGCCUCGCAGUUGCAAUACGUGAUGCAGGGCGGCGCCGGCGGGUCGGCGGGCGCCUCGGCCGCCGCCGCCCCCUCCGGAUCCUCCUCGUCUUCGGCUCACGUAUUCGGCGGGGGCCACCACCACCAUCACGUGCAGCAGGGCUCCUACAACGCCUUCUCCCUGCACAACCCCUACAACUUGUACGGAUACAACUUCCCCGCCUCGCCCCGCCUGGCCGCCAGUCCCGAGAAGCCCCAGGGGGGCCUGCUGUGCCCCCCGGGCCAGGCCGGCGCCUUCGCCGAGCGCCAGUACCUGUCCAACGGCAACUUGGACACCAUGCACAUGGGCGGCGGCGGCGGGCAGCAGCAGGGUGGCGCCGCCGCCUGCGACGCGCGCCAGUACGGCGCCCCCUCCCAGAUGUCCAUGCAUAUGGUGUAACCACGCAGGCUGGGACAAACCCAAACGGAAAUUUGGAAGACGAAAGGAUGCGACUUUGUGAACGCGCCCCUCUUCUUAAAAAGCUCUUUGUGGGGGACGUCUUUACAACUAUUAAACUUUAUGUUCGGGGUGGCAUGUGCAGCAGGAAGCGCAAUUGCGGGCGGUCUUGGGUUUGGCGCCUCAGG